AUGUACUGCUUUCUUGGCAAAUUGUCCUUCUCUAACCUCUGCUUUUCAUCUGUUACAGUGCACAAAUUGCUCCAGAACAUUCAGAGCCAGGACACAUCUAUCACCUAUGCAGGUUGUCUGGCACAAAUAUACUUUUCCAGUCUUUUUGGAGGCCUGGAAGUAUUCUUCCUUGUGAUCAGGGCCUAUGACUGUGAUGUGGCCAUCUGCCUUACCCUUAACUACAUCAUGAGCCCCAAGUUCUGUGUGUGUCUGGGGCUGCUGUCCUGGGUGUUUACCAUAUAUAAUUCCAUGUUGAACUCUCUACUCUUGGCCAGAUUGUCAUUCUGUAAGAACAAUGUGAUCUGCCACUUUUUCUAUGACAUAUCUGCCCUGCUCAAUUUGGCCUGCUCUGAUAUUUAUAUAAAUAAGCUUGUGAUAUUUAUCUUGGGAGGACCCAUUAUGGUCAUCCCAUUCUUACUUAUUGUUGUGUCCUAUGUACAUAUUAUUUUCUCCAUUCAAAAGGUUUCAUCUACUCAGGCUAUCCACAAGGUCUUCUCCACUUGUGGUUCCCACCUGUCCAAUGGGAUGAUUAUUGGUCUCUACAUAUGGCCAUAA